AUGGCUGUCCCAUGGCUAGUGCUACUCUUGGCAUUGACCGUUUUUUUCCUGGGAGUCUUUGUCUGGGCUGUCUUUGAGCACUUCCUCACCACGGAUGUCCCUGCUACCUUGCAGCAUCCUGCCAAGUUGAGAUUCCUGCACUGCAUAUUCCUCUACCUGGUCACUUUGGUGAGUUUACUCUCAGAUUGUUACCAUGGCCUGUGCAAUUAUCUGGCCCGGGAGACUGACUCUGUACUUCUGAUGAUUGGGUACCGGAAGGUUCCUGACCACCAUUCCCCCGCCCUUUUCCAAGACUGCAUGAAUGCCUCCAUUCACUUCCUGAAGGCCCUGGAAACCUAUGGGGUGGACGCCUCCAGGGUUGUGGUCUGUGGAGAAAGUAUCGGAGGCGCAGUGGUGGCCGCCAUCACCCAGGCCUUGGUGGGCAGAUCAGAUCUUCCCCGGAUCCGGGCUCAGGUUCUGAUUUACCCAUUUGUCCAGGCAUUCUGUCUGCAGUUGCCAUCCUUUCAGCAGAACCAGAAUGUCCCAUUACUUUCCCGGAAGUUCUUGGUGACUUCUCUGUGUAACUAUCUGGCCAUUGACCUCUCCUGGCGUGAUGCCAUCGUGAACGGCACUUGUGUACCCCCAGAUGUCUGGAGGAAGUACGAGAAGUGGCUCAGCCCUGACAACAUCCCCAAGAAAUUUAAGAACAGAGGCUACCAACCCUGGUCUCCCGGGCCUUUUAAUGAAGCUGCCUAUCUAGAAGCCAGACAUAUGCUGGAUGUAGAAAAUUCACCCCUGAUAGCAGAUGAUGAGGUCAUUGCUCAGCUGCCUGAGUCUUUCCUGGUGAGCUGUGAGAAUGACAUACUCCGUGAUGACAGCUUGCUCUAUAAGAAGCGCUUGGAGGACCAGGGGGUCCGCGUGACAUGGUACCACCUGGAGGAUGGUUUUCACGGAUCCGUUAUCUUUUUUGAUAAGAAGGCUCUCUCUUUCCCAUGCUCCCUGAAGAUUGUGAAUGCUGUAGUCAGUUAUGUAAAGGGCAUAUGAUGGUAACCCCGGGCCCCGAAGAGGCGGGGGCAAGUAUGGACUCUACCAGAAACUGGGUGCUUUAGUGAGUUCUAUUUUAUUGACUAAAGAGGUGCUACAUCAACACUUGGGUCAGCUGGGAAGGGUGAGAAGUAAGCUAAGAGUCUUGCUUAGUAUUCAAGAAAAUCCAAACUGUGUCUGUUUCCUUCCAGCACUAACAAUGUCCAAUGCUGGAUCUAGCAACAUUCUCUAACAUUCCCACUGAGGUGAAAUAAAUAUCAAAAGGAGAACAAAAUGCCUUUAAAAAUUUCUCAAAGCCCCAACAUUUAAGAUCUGUGCCGAAUAAAUGCCAACAACUGGUCAUA